UCUCGCUUUGCACCCCGUUCUGCUUUGACAUCAGCUGUUCUGCCUACACACAUCACUUGCAUCUUCUAGAAGGGAACAGCCAAGCUCAGAGAUCUGUGGCGUGAUGUUUGUCUUAUUAAUUAUCGCGGGCCUCGGAGUGGUGACGCUUCUGGUGAUUUUAUUCGCUCCACACAUACGAAGAUAUGCAGCAGGAGCGGUGUGCAAAUCCACAGCACGUCUGGAGGGGAAGACGGUGCUCAUCACCGGGGCCAACACAGGGAUCGGGAAAGAGACCGCCCUGGACCUGGCUGUGCGAGGCGCUCGGGUGAUAAUGGCGUGCCGAGACGUGGAGAAGGGCGAGGAGGCCGCCGCCAGUAUACGAGCCGCGUACUCGGAAGCCAAGGUGGAAGUGCGAGAGCUGGACUUGGCAGACACCUGCUCCAUACGAGCGUUCGCUCAGAAAUUUCUGAGAGAGGUCAACCAGCUUCAUAUACUCAUCAACAAUGCCGGAGUGAUGAUGUGUCCCUACACGAAAACAAUCGACGGCUUUGAGAUGCACAUCGGAGUCAAUCAUUUAGGCCACUUCCUGUUGACGUACCUCCUGAUCGGACUGCUGAGGCGCAGCGCGCCGGCCCGCGUGGUGGUGGUCUCGUCGCUGGCGCACAACUUCGGCUGGAUCCGUUUCCAUGACCUUCACAGCCAGGGCAGCUACAACAGCGGAUUAGCAUACUGCCAGAGCAAACUGGCAAAUGUGCUGUUUGCCAGAGAACUGGCCCGCAGGCUGAAAGGCACCAAUGUGACGGUGAACUCGGUCCACCCGGGCACGGUGAACUCCGACCUGACCCGACACUCGACCCUCAUGAUGAUACUGUUCACCGUCUUCUCCGUGUUCCUGAAGACGCCGCUGGAAGGAGCGCAGACCAGCGUGUACUGCGCUGUGGCCGAGGAGCUCCACUCGGUGUCCGGGAAACACUUCAGCGACUGCGCCCCCGCCUUCGUCGCUCCCCAGGGGAGAAGUGAGGAGACAGCCAGCAAACUGUGGGACGUCAGCUGCGAGCUUCUGGGCAUCGACUGGGACUGAGUCGUCCUCUUGGCAGCGCUCACAUUUCUCAGGCUUCCUUGGAGUCCCUCACACUUCUGUUCUUGUUUUCUGUUUUCUUAUUAUUAUUAUUAUUUCGAUGUUCCGUACUCGAAAGCUUUUCUUUCCGGUACGUUCUAUGGGAAGUAAAACAAUGUGAAGUUUUUUUUGUUUUUUUUUGUGAAAUAAGAUGCAGUAAGGUUGGGUGUUUUGGUGCUCUGCUGCAGCUCAUUAGACCAGAACCAGUCCUGCUGCAUCGACGGUUCAUAUCUUAGGACUCUAUUUUCAUAACACAAUGCGAAUACAGCAAAUGGCAAAAAAAAAAAAAAUUAAAAAUGAACUCGAUCUGUUUGUAUUGCUGUUUCCGUACGAUUAGUUUUCAAUGCAGAGUAAAAAGACCAGCAUCUUUUUCAUUCUCAUAGGAUUUCAUGUUCAUUUCUUAGGAAUUUGCAGUUAAUAGUUCAACUCCUGUGCCAACUUUCUUAAAAAAAUAAAAUAAAAUAAAAAAGUCAAAAACAGGGAUUAUAUUCUACACACACGUUUGUUAGCGUGAGUGUGAGCCAUAAAUGCAUCGUUUUCUUCUCUAUUUUAAGAGGUAAGAACUUUCUUUUCCCUUUUCUAGUGUCCCGAUUGGCACAUUUCCGCAGAUUUAACGAUCGCCCAACUUAACGUUUCUGUUCGCGUUUGUAGUUGCCGAGAGUUUACCUUCUCUGUUUUAUACAAGUCGAAACAUGCCUUUUACGAAACUGACAUUCAUAGUAAGAGUUGAAUGUUUACAUUUUAUGUAAAUAAACGGAAACAUUACAACGAGGGUGCUUGUGCGGAUCUUGGAAUCUCAACCUGUCUCGACAUUCCAGGCAUUCCGUAUGAAACAGCUGGUUGCCAUGUGACCCAGGGCUGUUUGGCUCUGCAAAACGAACAUUCAAGAUGGAAUGCUGAUUACGGGAUUGCCUUUUAUUCAUUUGGGACUGCGUCUUGGAGGUAGACGGGUCACACACCUCAACUGUUUGAAUUAUUUGUGUAAAGGUGUGUGUGUUUGUAGCGUAUAUAAAAAGAGAUACACAUAAAGUUGAAACGAACUGGAUAAACAAGACUGAUAACCUGUGACAAAAAUUGAACUCCUUUGCCUUCUCCGGGUACUGCGGGAACGCACCACUCUGUUGGAAACAACCAAUCAGAGAUGGACACAGGGUUUUAGCGCUGUCAAUCACUCUUGUGCUCCUCGCCUCCCUCCAACGCUUUAAACUACAGCUGAUUCACCACAGCAGAGUCUGCCACUAAGGCUAAGGCUAGUUAGCAUAGCAACCAAUGACGGCAGAUAAACAGUUUUUCUCUUGUUUUUCCACCAUUGGCACAUUGUGGAGCACACAGGAUGUUGAUUGACAGCGCUAAGACCCUCCUCCUGGCUCUGAUUGGUUGGUUUUGACCAGGGAGAAGGUGGAGGAACUCAAUUCUUCACAGAUUAUCUGUCUCAUACUGUCAGGACAGUUUUAAUAAAUAUGGAAAAAAAACAUUUUUGUAAAAGUUGCAUACCGCAGGCUGAAGUGAAGUAUUUAAUUAUUGAAAACAAAACCGGUUAGAUUUUCCUACAAGCAGAAAUUCUCUGAUUAGAAACAUAAUCAGAUCAAUUUAAAAAUAAAGGCUAUAAAACCA